CAUUGAUCUCACUUUGCUUCACGUGUUGAUUGUACAACUUAAAUACGUGGACUUCAUAAUUCAACACCCCCAACACACUCUCGAUUCGUAUCAGCGCACGUUGAUCGCUGUGAGCUCCUCAAAAUGUCCAACUCGGAUACCGAAGGAACAUUGCAGAGUCUUGAAACCCCCAAGCGCCCUACGACAGCCACCCCUUCCACGCCAUCAAGAGAGCCGGAGCAACCAUCAGCGAAGGCACCACUGCAACAAACCUUCGUAUCAAAAUCAAAACAACAUCUCCUCGCAUCGGUGAGGCCGUCGGGUUUUGCCGAGCUUGAGCUGCUCCUCUUGACAUUUUGCACCGGCAUACAAGAUGCGAUAUCCUUCCCCGACUACCACUGCUUCGCCUCCAACCAGACAGGCAACACCGUCUUCCUAGCCGUCUCGGUCGUCGUCCCGGAGUUCAACGGCGACAUGUUCUACACGGCCAACAUCGGCGUCGCGCUGGGCCUCUUCCUGGCAGGGGGCUACCUGACCGGCCAGCUGAGCCACAUCGUCGGCCCGCGGCUACGAGUGUGGCUCGUCCUCUGCAACCUGAUGCAGACGGCCAUGGUGUUCGCGGCGGCGGCGCUCCAGCUGCGCUACGGGGUGCGCCACACGGGGCCCCGGGACCUGCUCGUCAUCGCCCUGCUGGCCUUUGCCAGCGGCAGCCAGGUCGUGCAGAGCCGCAGCCUGCGCAUCACCGAGAUCUCCACCGCCAUGGCGACCGCCGCCUGGGUCGACCUGCUGAUCGACCCGCACCUGCUGGCCGUCAGGGAGAAGAACCGGCCCAGGAACAGGAGGCUGUUCUUCCUCAUCACGCUGGUGGUCGGGUCGUUGGUGGGUGCGGGUAUUUACAAGGCUGCUGGGUCGGCUGUGGCCCUCUUCGUGAGUGCCGGUGGGAAGGCUGUGGUAACAGCAAUGUAUCUCUUCAAUGGGGCCGAGAGGGACAAGGCUGAUAACUCAGCGGCGUGAGGGUAUCUUGGGCAACAAGGGGCCGUCACUUUACA